AGUUUAUAGUUGGGGAUUUACCCAAUGCUGAUUGGUCAGAAAGCCCGUCCUUCAUGUUAGAGGAAACAGAGGCACAACCAAACAACGAGUAGCUUCUUGGCGAGACAGAGAUGAAUUCCUUGGAGCAGGCCGAAGACCUGAAGGCGUUUGAGAGAAGGCUGACCGAAUAUGUCUCAUGUUUACAACCUGCAACAGGCAGGUGGAGAAUGAUUUUGAUAGUGGUGUCUGUUUGCACAGCCACAGGGGCUUGGAACUGGUUGAUAGACCCAGACACUCAAAAGGUUUCUUUUUUGUCAUCACUUUGGAAUCAUCCCUUCUUCACCAUCAGUUGCAUCACCCUAAUAGCCCUCUUCUUUGCUGGGAUACAUAAACGGGUGGUAGCACCCUCGAUAAUUGCUGCCCGCUGCCGCACAGUUUUAGCAGAAUACAACAUGUCCUGUGAUGAUACGGGAAAACUCAUUCUCAAACCUCGACCAAACAUUCAGUAACUACCGCUCAGGACGCUCUGGUGGUUUUCAUCAAUGGAUGACGGUCCUUUGAGGCGUCUGAGGAUCAGCGAGAGGGCGGUGAAGAAGAUUUCAUCAUCGUGAUCAUUUAGAAUGAAGAAACGGACCGAAAGGGUUUUUAAAAAAAAGAAGUUUGGCCGCGAUAUUACUGAAGCUCCUGAUCUCACACAACCCUUGAUGUAUUUUACAUUUUUGAGUUGAGAUGUU